GUUUCCAUUGUACCUGUCAAGCUUGCUUUGCACACUCCUCUCCAACACUUGGUCUCUUCUUGCUUAUCUAUGAAACUUGACCUGAAAUAUGGCAUCGGUCAUAAUUGCUAUUCCUUCCCCAAACCUUUUGGAUGAAACAUUAAAUUCCUGUUCAUUUGAAAAUGACAGUGAUAUCCAUGAACUGGUGAAAGCUUUGGUCAAAAAUAUCCAGUGGAGUGCAGAAAAUGCAACUAAUCUGUUAAAGGUGCUUUUUAAGCGAAUAGAGAAGAAAGAAGACAGAGUAAAUGCCCAGUUGUGGAUGAAAACAGUACUGCAUUCCAUUCAGAUAAACUAUAUUACUCCACAACUGAAAGUUGAGGAAGGAAAGACAAUCACUGAACUGAUCAAUGACAAAUACAAAUCUGAUGAUGAUAUUAGCUCAGCUCUCGAACGUUUAUCACAAAUAGAAAAAGAUAUUGAAGAAAUCUUUGAGGAAAUUCGUCAGCAACCUUUAAAUCAAACGGAUGAAAGUGUUUUACACAAGGUAAAAGACAUAGUGUCAUCUGUCCACAAAUGCCCCUCAGCACCCAGUGGGCCAGACCCAGAUGGCCUUAAAAAGAUAUUAUCUGAACUGUGCAAAGCAGUGAAAACAACAAAAAAAUGGGAACCUCGUUUAACUCAGAUGGUUAGCUGGUGUCUACUGGCUUUGUCUGAAUCUGGUUGGCUAAUCCAAGUUGGCACUGGAGAAGGAAAGUCAUGCAUUGUAGCUAUGUUUGCUGCUUAUCGAGCCAGAAAAGGACACAAUGUAGACAUUCUGUCUAGUUCAUCAGUGCUCGCAGAGCGUGACUUGGAAGAAUGGCAUCACUUUUAUAAAAAGCUCAAAAUAACAGUGGACUGCAACACCAAAAAGGCUGAACCUGACGCCUUGAAGAGAUGUUACAAGAGUAAAGUUGUCUAUGGCUCCGCCCAGAGUUUUGCUGGAGACUACUUGAGGCAUGACUUCCAGAGGGAGGGGGUGAGAGGGGAAAGGCAUUUUGAUUGUGCAAUCGUGGAUGAGGUGGACUCCUUAAUGUUAGACAAGGGCCUUCAGAUGGUAUACCUGAGCAGUGAAAUGCCUACAAUGCAACAUCUUAAUUCUCUAUGGGCAUUGAUAUGGUCCAUAGUGAAUCAGUACCAUCAUGAGGGCUCAGAGAUAACAGUAGGGCCCUUCACCACAUUCUUUCAUGUCAUUCUUAAGCACAUUCAUGUUGAUGGAGAUUUUGACAAGUUCACCAUCUUCCAGAUGGCGGAGGAUAUAGGUACAAUUCCAAAAGGAUCUGUCGCGGACCUAAGGAGAAAUUCAGAUGACGAAGUUUUACUUACAAAAAUAAAAAAUGUUGAUGCCCACCUGUUGGCAAAGUUCAUGGAAACAGUGGAGAACACAUUCCCAUCUUGUCACUUUGCGCUGCAUAUCAAGAAUGAUAAAGGGGAAUUGGAAGAAUUAAACACAAGAGAGCAAGGUGGUGAAAACGACAAACAAAGAGUUCCAUUUCUAUAUGUAAAUUCAGGAUUCUGUGGUUAUAUGCAUUCUAACAUGGAGACUGUCUUCAUCACUGCAGAGGAGAUUAUCAAAGCCAACUUGACAUUCACACCAUGUAACAUAAACCAGAAUAUAAUAACCUGCUAUAUUCCUGGGUUCCUUCGAGAACUAAUCAACAGCAAACUAAGGGUAUGGAUUGAAAAUGCAUUUCAUGCCAAAACAAUGACACUGGGCCAUGAGUACAUCCUGGAGGGAGAUGAAAUAGUUCCUGUGGACUACAGUUGUACUGGUGUGGUCGAGAACAACAUGAAAUGGUCCGAUGGAGUUCAGCAGUUUCUGGAACUGAAACAUGAGACCAAGAUGAGCAACAUGUCUGUUAUCACAAACUUCAUGUCCAAUGUAGGUUUGUUCCAGAAGUACCAAGGUCAGCUGUAUGGAAUCACAGGCACUUUGGGAAACCAAUUGGAGAUUGAAACCUUACAGAAACUCUACACUGGAAUAAAAACCUGUGAAAUACCAACUUUCAAACGACGAAAGCUCUUCGAAAUUGAGGGACUGGUCACAGGUGAUGAGGAGGAAUGGAAACAGAAGAUCUGCAGUGUUGUUGAGUCACAAAUCAUUCCAACAUCUUACAGGAGUCCCAGAGCUGUUUUGGUCAUCUGUGAGACCAUCAACAGAGCCGAAGCUUUCUGCGCGGCACUUGGUCCCAACGUCCCAAAUAUAAAGCCCUACACUAACAACAACAAGGACAAUACAUCAGUCACUAAACAAAACUUGAAAGCUGGGGAUGUAAUUGUAGCAACAAAUCUGGCUGGUCGUGGUACUGACCUAAAGGUUAGUAAUGAAGUGAACAAUGCUGGAGGUAUGUUCGUAUUACAAACCUUCCUGCCAGAAAAUGCUAGAGUGGAGAAACAGGCUUUUGGUCGCACUGGGAGGCAGGGAAAUCCUGGUUCCUCACAACUCAUCAUCUGUACCAAUCAUAUGUCAGAAACCCUGAAAAACAUAAUGACCCAACUGUGUUCCUUAAUUCAAAAGGAGGAAGAGGAUCACGUCAUGCAAUACAAUUCGACCCGAGCUGGGACUUUCCAGAUAAACAUGGCAAAAAAGUCCAGAGAUAUUGUGGUGUCAAAUAAAUUAUAUCAGUACUUGAAAAAUCAUGUCCCAAAACUUCUAAAGAAGGAAGAGCUAUUUUCUGAUUAUGUCAAACUGCUAGAAGAUGUUCACACCACUUACAACGAUUCUAAAUUGCAUGGAUCACUGGUGUCCUCACUGAAUGAGACAUGGGGGAUGUGGUUGUUGAUGAGCUUUAAUGAAAAAGAUUCAACUGAAGAUUUAAAGACAAAGUUGCAAACAGACAUGCAAAAAGCUAAGCAAAGACUAGACAACAGACUGGCCCCGACAUCAAUAACUCACCAUUAUGUCCUGUUUGGAAAUGCUCUCCGUAGCAGUGAUAACCUUUCAGAGAGUUCAGAUUCAUACACCAAAGCCAUGCAAGAAGACCGAUGCUGGGUGGCUAUUGCUCUGUACAACCGUGCCCUUAAUACUUUGAAGAGAAAAGACAGCAACUACAUCACUGGUGCUUUGGAAGACCUGGAAAAUGCUGUGGAGUCACUAGAGUUUUACCAAAAUCUGAUUGUGAACACUAUUGUUUACUCAAAAUUGGCGACUACAACACCACUUACCGUUACUAACAAUAGGCUGGACAAACAGUUAACAACCAGGCGGCAAGUGCUUGAGUGUUUGAAAGAUAACAUAAAUGAGGCUAUUGGAAAGUUGAAGAGGGCCAGAGACAUGGGUGGGAAUGUUAGUGUGGACGAAAAAUUAAUAUUUUUCCUUGUACCGAUAUACUGUCUGAUUCCUUUGGAGGAUUUUGGACAACCAGUGAUCCGCCUUUUGACCUCAGAUGUUAGAAAGAGGCAGCAGCACCUCAACCACUCCUCAUUCGACAUCCUGAAAGAGCUACAGGCUCUCCAAUGUCUUGGAAUGACCGUGGUUUUCACCUUGGAUACAGUGUUUUCCCUGGGUGGCUUUCUCUCAAAGAUCUUGAAGCUCAAGUUACAAUCGAAAUGACCAGAUUAGUCUACUCAACAAUGUUUCCUUCCAGGGAGUCCUGGAAUGGCAGCCUUAGGGUAUGAUGAUUACGUCACCCGUCUCCCUUGAGAACAUUAUACACAUACUGUAUACUUAAUAUUGGCCCACCAUUUGGGAUCUUGUACAAAGUUAAAAUGUAUAAUCCAUGUAUGUAUCUGGACAUGUGUAAUAUAGUUGUCCAUGUUAACAGUCCCAAGGGAACUCAGUGUGUCUGCUGAUGAAUUGGAUAAACUGUUGGCUAUGCAAAAAGUGUUCAAUGUUGAUUCACAAAAUUACAAUGUUUUUGUCACAAGGGAUAUGGAACUGGAAAAUUAUAAUUGAAUGCUCAAUUUUCUUUGCACAACCUACAAACCUGUUUGCAUGAGGAAAUAUGAAUAAAUCAACAUUUUUUCCAUCAGUUUACAUGUAAUACUUGAGUAGCAAUAAUUAUGUCCAUUUGAUUACAGUUUUUCAUGGCUUAAAACUCUUGUCAGGGUAUAUUAAAUCCAUUUAAAUAGCAUUGUUAACAUUUGAGACAAACCAGUGUCGAAGAAAUGAUCCGUGGAGUAUUAAUGGACUUUGUUAGUACAGUUAUUCAACCAAGUGUAAUAAUUUGCCUACUAUUGGUCAUGGUCAAUGUAGUGUGGUAUUUUGAUGGAUGUCUUUUUAAGUUUACUUUUAUUAUUUUGGUUUUCUCUUAAGUCUAUAAAGGCAAAUACCCACCUUCACAAUGAAUUGAAUAAUGUUUUGUUGUUUCAGAAACGUAGGCUACUUAUGACAGACAUUUUUUUUAAUGCUUUCUGGAUGCAAAUGAUGUACUAAACAGAUGAAAAUAAUUAUAAAUCCA